UUUUAAUUGUAUUUUCGUGACCCAGCAUUCAAGUUGGUGCUUCGCGACACACGUUCGUCCAGCCGAACGCCAAGAGUGAGGACUGGUUCUCUCUCAAUUCGGAGCAAUGACGACAAACACGAUGCAGCACGGCGUGUCCGUGAAGAACGAGAAAGAUCCCGGCCUGAACGUCGCCGUGAACGUGUCGUCCAAGCAGAACAUUGCGGGCGGUAAAGGUGAGGCCGACUUGGGCACCGAAGAGGAAGAGGACGACGAGGGCACCAGGAAGUCCAGGAAAGAGAAAAAGAAGAAGAAGAAAAAGAAAAAGAAGAGGGAAGUCGAGAGCUCCACGAGCUCCGACGGAGAUGAAAGCGACACGGACGCGGACCGAUCAAAGUCCAAGAAAAAAGCGACCGCGGGUGUCUGCACCCGAAUCAACAUCUUCACCGGAGCUCAGGGACCUCCUGGCGUCGGGAUGCAGAGUGGUGUGUCCGGACCAAACGUACUGUCUAACGUCGCGGCACCGCUUCCGGUCAUACAGCAGCAGGUACCCAUGCUUCCCAUGCUGCAGCAGGAGCCGGCUGCGCCGAAGAAGAACAAGAGCAAGCGAUCGACAAAGUCGGCCAAGUCAAAGAGUUCCCAGGGAGAAGCCGGCAGGCAGAGUGCCGCAGGAAUGCCGGCCGUGAUACCGCCCGCCAUGGCGGGCCUCGUGUCUGGUCCGGACGGUCAGGACGUGCUGGUGAUCCCGAUGCCACCUGGCAUGAAAUUGCCGCCGUUUGGAGCAGGAGCAGAUCAGAUCUUCGGUGCCGGCUUUCCAUUUACCGACGCUCAACAGCAGCAGCAGCCCAAAAAGAAGAAGAAAAAGAGCAUUGAUGCUACUGAGGGUGCCCCCCGCAAUGCCGCUUCCAACCCAACUGUCGACGAACAGGGCCAGCGAGACGUAGUAGGCACGGGUCACCCGGCACCCGAAGCUGUCGCAGGUGUUGGAGCUAUCGUGGACGAAGCGAUGGUCCAAGCAGCGUUGCAGCCAACCCAGGCGGCGCCAUCAGAAUCACGAAGUGAGGGACCCUCAACAGGGACGGUGGGAGCCCUCUCCUUCGGAAGCCCUGAACGAUGGACAGGAACGGCCGUCGAGCACGCUGCCAUCGCAGAUGGCCGUAGAGCCAUCACCAACCAAGAAGACCAUGUCAAGCGAGGACGACACUAACACCAUGGCGCUGCUCAUAUUCGCCGCCGUCAUCGGCAUCAUUGUCAUCGUGAUCAUCGUGUUCAUCGUCGCGACGGCCAGCACAUCGUCGGGAACAAGUGUGGCAGUCACAACACCACCAAAUGAUGGAGCCGCCUCCG